UGGCAAUGCAGUGUUAGUCCUUUUUGAUUGAUUGUGUGCUUAUAAUGCUUUAUUGCCAAUGAACAAAGUUAUGCAUAGACAUACUAUUCGUAUUAUAAAUUAAAAAAAAUUAAUUUAACGCUUUCUAGAACUUUUUACCUUUUUCCUGUUUCUAUCAUCACUGAUAGCAAUGCUCAUUUCUAUCCAUAUUACUGAAAGCUUUGUUGAGAUGGCUUGUCGCUUGUAUCAUUUCGAGUUAGGUGAACAGAAGAACUUGGAUUCAUUGUGCAGUACAAUACAGGAAUUGGUUGACGUAUCAUCUCUCACUAAGGAUUGGAGUUUACUCAAAUUGGCAACAGCUCUGAAGUUUCUUGUUUACCCUAAACAAUCGUAUGAAGUUUGGAAACCUUCUCAGAUUUUGUCAGCUUCUGAGUAUCUGAACAUAAAAUCCAUGAGACGUCAAUACAGAGAAGUGAUUAUGUCUGUGGUUGAUGUCUUGUCGGUCUACAAAGAUGUUCUUGCUCUCUAUGAAAAAAGGCUUGAGAUUCUGUCAGAUAUAAACCUCGUGCUGCCGCUGAGGCCAAAGAAGAUCAAAUUAUGGAAUUCUCGUUUUUUGAGAAAACUCAAUUCGACUGAUUUAUGUACUGGCUCCAAAGUUGGAACAGAAGCUAUUACUGAUGUUGAUGGUAUGCUUGACUCCGCCACUCAAAAUAAUUGUAGUGGAGUAGCUCUUGUGAAGAGCAGUGAAUUGGGUUUCCCUGAGACACGACACGAUGUUACUUAUGAUAUGCAGGCUGGAGAUACUGAUACAAAGCAUACAAGUGCAGCACGAAGCAUGGGUGAAACUCAGAAAGAGAAUAACAUUAAAGAACCUGGUGCAAUGGGAGUGAAAGCAGCGGACAGCUUGGAAAAUUUUGAGCUGCCUCAGACUGCUGAUGCUAGCAACAAAACGACUGCACAGCUUACUCAAGAAACUACUGGAAAUGGGAUGAAGGCUCUAGACAGUGCAGGUGAAAGCAUGCAGAGCGGACAGGUAUUUUCCCCGAGAGGCGACGAGAGCAAAGAAUUGGAUUUCCCUGCGACACUACAAGAUGUUCCUUGUGAUAAGCAAACGAGUGCAGCACAAAGCACGCGUGAAACUGCGAAAAAGAAUAACAUUGAAGAAUCUGGUGCAAAGAGAGUGAAAGCAGAGGACAACUUGGAAAAAUUUGAGCGGCCUCGGACUGCUGAUGCUAGCAACGAAACGACUGCACAUUCUACUCAUCAAGAAACUAGUGAAAAUGAGACGAGUGCGGCACAAAGCACGGGUGAAACGGAGAACAAGAAUAACAUUGAUGAAACUAUUGCUGAUGGAGUGAAAGCAGAGGAAAGUUUGGCAGAUGUCAUGCGGUCUCAGACUGAUGACUCUAACCUGCACAUGACUGCACCGCAGGACCCAAAUAAGAGCCAAGUUGAGCAGACUCAAAAAGCUGCAGAAGGCGAGCUUACCAGAAGCCAAGCUGAGCAGACUCGAAAGGCUGCAGAAGGCGAGCUUACCAGAAGGGAAAAGUUCAGAGUGAAGGACAUUUUGGCUGAGGACGAAGCCAAGACCAAGCCAGCAAAGCAACGUCUAUGGAGGUGGCUUAUUCCCUGCCUCUCUGAGCAAUGAGUCUUGUCUAUCUUCAUUCACUGGAGUGCAUUAAAUCAUACUCCCUCCCGUCCCACAAUAUAAAACAAGCUUGCAAAAACGUCUUACAUUGUGGGGCGGAGGGAGUACCUAAUUAUCAUGUAGGAAUGGAUUUGGGGUUCAAAACCUGUAACGUUUGGUAGUGAUCUGAACUUACUACAUUAUAUGUCCUGUUCACCUUUAAACUUCACAAUCGUGAUGUGUUUGUGUAUUUGUUGGUGCAAUGUAUUG